AUGGCAGCAUGCUACUAUGGCCAUUUUAGUGUUGUUAGUUAUCUUAUUGAUAAAGGGGGCAUUAUUGAUCAGCAAUUCAAAGAUGGCAGCACUGCACUUCACUAUGCUGUUCAAUGGGGUCACUUUGAGAUUGUCAGUGAACUUUUGGCUCUUGGAGCAUUACAACUGCCAAAUAAUCAAGGUUUAACACCUCUUCUUUAUGCCUGUAAUCAAUUUUCCAUUGAAAUGGUGGAGCAUAUUAUCAAAAGACCGGAAUGUACAAAGGAACAGAGAAUUGAUGCUCUUGAACUUCUUGGUGCCUCCAUUGCUAAUAAUAAUGAUGAAUGUCGUGGUACUGAGAAAGCGUUUAGUUACCUGAAACGUGGGAUGGAGGAGAGAUAUGAAGACCCGGCACAUCCAUUGCUUAAAAAUAAAAUGGAACCUGUGGAAGCUUACCAAAAUAGAAAAGAGAGUCAAACUCUUGAGGAACUUGCUCUGUUAGAAGGUGAUAAUCAUACUAUUGGCAUGGAAGGACUUAUAAUCAGAGAGAGAAUCCUUGGGCCUGACAAUCCAAUACUUCGGGACCUAAUUAUAUACCGGGGAGCUAUUUUAGCUGACUCUGAGGAGUACGAGCUUUGUAUUGGUUUGUGGAAACGAGCAAUGGAGAAAGCCUUUAACUGCGAUGUUCCAAUAAAAGCAGUAACAAAUGAUGUUGGAUCCAUAGCAGGUCUAUUUGGAGACAUGGUAAAAAAAAGGACACUGUUGAGACCUCGUUUCAUUGAAGACGUGUUUAAAAUACUGGUUGCUGCAAGUGAGAAACUCACAGAAGGCUCGCAAGAGGGGCAUGGAAACCAGGAGCAAAAAAACACGCUUUACUCUGCUCUCUAUCUUUUGAUGAUAUACACCAAAGUUAAUGUUAAAAAUUCCAGCAGGGUAAACCGCUUGCUUCAAGAAUUCCUGGUCUUAAACCCUGGUACCGAAAAUGCCAGUAUGACUGGGUUUCUUCAAAGAUUCCUGCGCUUAAACCUUCGUACCAAUGAUGGAAAUACUCUUCUGCACUUGGCUGCGUGGCACGAAACUCCAAUUAAAGAAGACAAUGUGCGAAGUGUGUGCAAGCUUCCCUGUGUUGGGACCAUGAAGCUUAUUUUACAUGCAGGGUGUGAUGUAAAUGCCGUUAACACCGAGGGAAACACACCUCUCCAUCUAGCUGCGAAGUAUAAGCCAGAGCCGGAGGAAGUUGAGAUUUUAACAGAAACGCUGCUGUUGUUGUUAGAUAACGGUGCAGAUCCAAAGCUAGAAAACAAAAAUGGACAAACACCACUGGACAGCUGUGAAUCUGACGAGGCUCGUAGGAUCUUGUCCGAGAAAAGACCCGGACGACUGAGUGCCAUGAACGUCGACGUUGGAGAUGUAAGAAAGUUUUAAAUAUUAACAUAUUGUAAUUUUCUAAAAUAAUUUCUGUCACGAGAUGAGAGACUGAGUACUUACUUCCGUGUCCCAUGUUGUGUUUACUGUAUUACGUCACGCAUGUCUGCCAGUCUCUAUCUAAACUCAUGGAACAGGUUUACAAAGGCGUCUCUCUUCGAAUUAAACAAUUUAUCGCAAUGCCAUAUAGCCAAAAAAGAAUGUUUGAAAGAGACUUGAGGAAGCUACGGUGCAAGCGUGCGCCAAUUGUUAGUUACUAACUUGAUAACUGUUAUGAACCGUUCGAUAAAUGUUUGCAUAAAAAAAUUCAAAGUACCUCAGAUACCAUUAGUUCGAAGGACAAAUUCAACCGAGAGGCGUCAGGGGGGUGUAUAUAUAAAUGCAAAAUUUUCAAUAAAUUGACUCUACAGUUAUAAAAAAAAAUUUAGUCAAAAAGUCACUUUGUAUAUUCUACAAACCGAGAAUGUAGCCAUUAAUUUAAAUAACGGCUAAAUGUUUCCCAUGUAUAUAUGUUUAAAGUUCAACUUAGCCAUUAAAUAAUGGCUAAAUAUUUUCCUUUUUAUACAACUUAUUUAGCCAUUAAAUAAGGGCUACAUAUUUUCCGUUUUGUACAGCUUAAUUUAGCCAUUACAUAACGGCUAAAUAUUUUCUUCAUAUGAGAGGCUCAAUUAAUGGCUAAAUAUUUCGUUAUUAUACAACUUAUUUUAAUUAGCCAUUAAAUAAGUUUCCAUGUUUAUAUGAAGGAGGUUCUGAUUUAGCCACUUAAUAACGGCUAAAUAUUUUCCAUAAUUAUAUAAGAGAGUUUCAAGAGUUUUAACCAACAAUUUAAGAAUGAGUGUACUGAGGCCGUAUGCAUAGCAGCUGAGACGCUGAAGGCUUUUCCAUAAGUCAAUAAAGUAUUUACUGGUGGACUUGGUUGCUAUGAGGCGAUAACUGAGUUCAUUUUCUUGCAAGCCAUGCGCUUUCAUUGUUUUCGUUCUUUUACUCUAUCAUCUUUUCUCUUUAUCAGGACCAAGUCUGCCAUUGUUAUAGGUGGAUAAUAGAGUCAUAUUGAAAUUAUUUUCGUGCGUUCCCGAACGCGGAGGUUUGGAGUAAAUGCCAUUAGCAUGGCUCUUCUUUUAUCGCCUUUGACAAGACUUGAACGUUUUCCUUUUCGGCCUGUUGUGAUUUGCGUGCUGACUUCUUGAUCCAUAGUCAAUGUUCAUAUUAUUUUCUUUGGCCACUUUUUUUACAGCUGCAAUUUGUCUUCUAAGUAGAUGUUUUUCAGGAGGACUGCUAUAUUAUUGCUACCCUCUGGACCUAUUCAACGAUUCCGCAGGAUUGUUCGUGUUAGGGGUCGAGUCUCAAUCUUCGAUGUACCGUAAAGUAAAUAUGCUUUGCAAAGUAUCUUUAGGAUUCUUUCUCACUGCCACCAUACCGCCCAAUGUUCUGCCUUUUCAAGUCCAAUGACCUGUAUAGUAUCUAAAUUUGAGCAAUUUUCUUACGAUUUCCUCGUAAAAGGUGUAAAACCCGCUAAGGUGGUUCUUGAGUACAAAGAACGUUGAUUAUCGCAAUGAUAUCAGUUAUUGGUCUUUCAACGUAGAAAUCAGAAGGAACGUUAUAAGCUAAUGUUUUAAAUACGUUGAAUUCAUUCUGGUUUCACGUAAUUAUUUUGCUGACACGAUCAACAGACGUCUUCCAAUGUACGCUACAACCUCUGAUAAUGGUUUCUGCCAAUUAGUUUCCGAUCACUUCUUGAAAGCCCUUAUACUUGGCUUGGUCAAAAUCUACCAUAAUUUGUCGCAGAUUUGUUCCAUGUUUGAAGGCAGAGUGAAGCUUGCUCACGUGGUCGAAAACUUUUGAUAUUGCCGUUGCAUAAGCCUAGACCAUUUUGCCUGCUGCACAGGACCCUUGGCUAGCAACUGCAUUAAAUGUAAGGGUUAGAUCAUUAAACGCUAUCAUAUUUAGAAGAUAAGGAAGGGAUGUGUUCCCGGUGUAAAUUAUGUCAACAAACAACUCCUGAGCAUCUUUCAACAGCGAAGCUUGAUAUGGAGCCACAAAGAACGCAAAAUAUUCUUCCAUUUCCUUCCAUAACGUAUUUUCCCAUUUUUUCGUUCACUUUUCUGUUUAAUUCGUGGUCUUCAGGAUGUUGUUGCGUUUCUUGAUCUUUCUUAAACUUUUCGAAUUCAAGAAUUUGGAUGAUUGGUUCCAGUUCGGGAUGACUUUUAUCAUGAGUAACUUAAGCCACCUACCUCUCGAGUCUUAUUCUGUUUGCAUUUGCCGCAGCCGGCGACUCUUCUGCUGGUAUAAAUCCUACACCCUGACUCUUUCACAGUUCUUUUUUACAGUAAGGGUAACAUCUUUCUUUACAGCUUUGUGAAUCUCGCUUUUCACGGCCUGCAAACUAUGAGAUGUGGGGCUGGUUGAUCGUGAUGUUCAUUUGUAUAGGUAAUAACAUGAUUUGUAGUGAUAUUUGGCAUAAAUACAACUAGUGAUAUUUCGAAAUUGUUAUACGUAAUUUCACGAGCCUUUAGACAAUUUUGAAAUAUCACGAGUGGUAUUUAUGCCAAAUAUCACGUACAAAUCAUGCUAUUAUUUGUUUAUACUACCACCCGCAAAAGGUUUGUAAUUUUCACAUGUGGGUAUUUCAAAUUAAGCUGAAAUACCAUUGCUCUAAGCCAAUCAAAUUGCAGAAAUUUCUCAUGUAGUAGUAUAUAAGUAUAGGUAAUAGCAUGAUUUGUAGUGAUAUUUGGCAUAAAUACCACUAGUGAUAUUUCAAAAUUGUUAUACGUAAUUUCACGAGCCGUUAGGCGAGUAAAAAUUUGAGACAAUUUUGAAAUAUCAGAGUGGUAUUUAUGCCAAAGAUCACGUACAAAUCAUGCUAUUAUUUGUUUAUACUACUACCCUUAGAAGGUUUGUAAUUUUCACAUGUAGGUAUUUCAAAUUAAGCUGAAAUACCACUGCACUGAGCCAAUCAAAUUGCAGAAAUUUCUCAUGUAGUAGUAUAACACCCGGAACGGGUGAAAUUAAUUAAUGGCUAAAUUCUCGGUUUUUAUAACUAUAUAUAUAUAAAAUUAGGCGUUAAUUUAUGGCUACAUUCUCGGUUUGUAUAAAUAUAUAUUAGUAUUUAGCCUUUGAUUUAAGGCUAAAUUCUCGGUUUGUAUUAUAUAUAUAUAUGUAAAAUUUAGCCGUCAAUCAAUGGCUUUAUACUACUGCAUGAGAAAUUUCUGCAAUUUAAUUGGCUUAGAGCAGUGGUAUUUCAGCUUAAUUUGAAAUACCUACAUGUGAAAAUUACACACCUUUUGAGGGUAGUAGUAUAAACAAAUAAUAGCAUGACAGACGCGUAGCCAGGGUUUUCCCAGAGGUACGCACAAUUUUUCCUCCUCACCCAAGAGACUCAAUGGCUGUCUGCUCUUUUGCCUAAGCUCUGCAAUUAUCAGAAGAAGCCUGAUUAAGCUGGGCCGGGCAAAAGGAAACACUGAGUUACUUCCCAUUCAAAAUCUAUAGUGGACAAUGCUUAAGCCCACCGACACUGAAAUAGUGGUAUUAAAAGGCCCUCUCCCUACCCCACUGCAUUUGUCCGCAGCCGUGGGCCACCCACCUACUGUUAGGGCUGUUGUUGGGCUGUCUGCCUGUGCCGGCCUUGGCGGUAAGCACUCUCAGAUUGUUUACAUCGGAGUAGCCUGCAGCCCGGCUCCAGGCGAAAACCUAGUGGCCACGUGUCAACGAAUUCAGGCAGAUAUAUUGGUUUACAGCCAUGCCAGACAGAACGCGAUUUCAGAGUGGAAGUCAACAGUUUAAGUAUAGAUGUUUUAGAUGAUGGUCCCUGCAAAAUCUUUUUUAAAAAUAACAUGGAACACUAAAUUGUUUUUGUAUCUAUCAGGGCACUAAAGUAGAAUCACAAGGAGUGCUCAGAGAUGAUCCAAAGGAGGAUGCUAAAGUACCCGAGCAAGUGGCUGAGUUGGCGAGUGUGGAGGGCAUGGGUGCGGAAUACCAUGGAAGAUCGAAAACAGAGGGGGAAGAAACGUCUGCUGAUCAAAUGAAAAGUGAACAUGGAGCAGAAGGGAAGAAAGUUAUUGAAGUAGAAUCCGGAGCCGAAAUAGUGACAAGUGAAGGUACCAGCUGCGCCUUCAAAGAGUGUGCUGUUCACCUGAUAAUCCCCCCUGAUGCUGUAUCUGAGCGUACGUCAAUAGUGGUCCACAGAUGGAAAUACAAUGUCCGUUCACCCCCGCUGCAGGAGCAUGAAGCCAUCACUAGCAAUGUUAUUGAACUAUUUUCCAUGAAUGGCCAAGAACUAAAAUUUAACACCAAGGUGAAACUGUCGCUAUCUCACAGCGCAACACACCUACAGGGCUACGAGCUGGUGAUAAAAAAGCUGAUUGACAGGAAGACGAAUAAUUGGGAAGAUGUGGAUGGAACCGUGGACAUACGUUGUCGUCAAGACUUCGAAGACAAUCACCCUUCCCACAUGAAAAUACCGGACUUUUUCUUUCCGGUUGCUCAAGCUGAUAUAUCUGAGUGUUCAGCAUAUGCAGUAGUUUGCCGUCUAAAGGCUUCUCCAACUUACACCGUCACAUCUGGUGGCGGCUUAUUCAGCCAUCCUGACUUCCCAGGCGUGACAGUUACUAUCCCUGAGAAUGCUCUUGCACUUAACGCAAAGUUUCAGUUGGAGUUAAAGGUGCACGAAGUUCCAAAUGAAGAAUUUGGAGAGGAAGGUAGAUUUCUUGGACCUGUAUUGCGAAUCAACUGUUUUGACGCUGUUCAGUUUUUGAAACCUGUCACUAUUCAGUUGCCAAUUUCUCUUCGAGAGCAACAAGACUUGAAUCUAAAUCCCAGAACAUGCGACGUCAGAGUACUGUUCCUCAAGUCCGAUAAUGGCCGAAAAGAAUGGAUUGAGAUCACUGAUGAUCUUGUGAAACCGCCAACUCUUGAUGGAAAGUUUGUAAGAUUCCAUGUGGAACGGUUCUCUGCCUAUUCGUAUUAUGCUGAGAGUAGAAACAAAAACUCAAGGUCUCAUAGACAAAGAAUUAUAAAUUUUCAUAACAGCCUUAUUUUUGUUCAGCCCAGACUGGCAGUCUUCUUCGGUUACUUUCGUCCGGAUCUUUUAAAAAUUUUGUGUCUGAUGUGUUGCCCUGCUCACCUUAAAGGAAAGGUGGUAAAAAAGCUUGAAAAACGAGGUAUAACGCCUGUUUACAAAAACUCCAAGAAAGAUAUGACACCUUGGCACGAUAAGGCAUCCGUGUUAGUAUCAGAAGGAAUAUCUCCAUAUAUAAAGAGGGACAUGGAGCAAAUUUAUCUUAGGCUAUUAGAGCACGAUCCAGACGAUGCUGAGUUGGAGGUUCGUUUUCGUGAUGACCGAGACGUAGCACGAGUGGAAUUUUUUAGCAUUUUAAAAGCCAGAGCGCCUCCUUUGUGUAGAUUGCACUUAAGAACGCCAACUCAGGGUAGGGAUCGUCCCGACUUGUGGGAACUUACGCAACAACCUAGAGCAUUGAAGGAAGGCUGUCCAACGGAAGAUGAACUAGAACAUCUAUCAAAAAAAGUCUCUAACGACUGGAGAACGCUUGGGCGACGGCUAACUUUCCAUGAAUCAGAGCUACAAGAAUUUGAUGACGGCCAUAAACAAAUAUCCGAAAAAGCAUACGCCAUGUUGUUAGCCUGGAAACGAAGGAGCAGCUCAGAUGCCACCUACAGUGUUCUAAACAAAGCACUGUGCGACACGCGCGUGAAUCGUAGAGACUUAGCAAAAGACUUUUGUCGUUACUGAAUCAGGUUUUUACCUUUUCCUACCGACUGAAUUUUAUUCCCACUUCUUAUCCAGGGGCGUAGCCAGGAUUUUUUCAGAGGUACGCACAAUUCUCCGAAUCGUUUUGCACUUCCCCCCGCCACCCCUUCUCCAAAAAGAAACUUCCGUCAUCAAAGAUGUGGUUGCGUUGUAAGCCUAAGAGUUUUUUUCUGCAUAUGAAAUGACAUUAACAACUUAUGAAUGAUGUACGUCAAUCAUCUGUCAUACAAUAAGGCCACAUACUCUUCCGGAUUCGUUACUUUACUUCGUUACUGGGUUCGUUUUGUCUUUUUUAAGCAGAUGCAGUGCGUGAAUCCGAAUUGAAAUGGUGCCGAUUUGGUCAAGUCUCUAUAGAUUUUGAAUCCGAAAUCUAAAGUGAAUCCGAUGCUUUGUAAAUUCGCAAUGUUUUGUACUGUAAACAAUUUGUCCAAUUAUCCGGAUACUUUUCCGCAUUUGAUCAUACGAGUUUGCAGUAAAACCAAAAUGGAACUGUCACUUUCAUGGAUAUAAGGACCCCUUAGGAACGACGACGGCGAGGGCAACGUAAACAUCCCAAGCUAUCAUGAAAAUGAAUGCGCGUUUUUUUACUUUUAUUUCAACUCUCUUAAAAUGGCAGGUAUAUAGGUGAACCCAUCCCUAUGGAGUCUUGGGGACCGCACCCAACCUCGGACUGAGAAAAGUAAUUGAAUUGGUCCCUGUGUUUACUUCCUCCAAACAACGUCGCAAAAGGAAAUUUACGGUUGUGUUCGUACAGGUUGUAAAGAAAAGCGAGCUGCGAAGGAGACUAUCUUUUCACUAGAUAUACAGGUGUACGUUACUCAAGAUUCCGUCCAUUAAUGAAUUACUCAGUCGUUUCUCUGGAAACCGAAAUUUGGGUGGAGAGAAAAAAAAGUCCGUUGUUUUAGAAAAAAGUACAUUCCAAAGAAGCAAACAGAGUUGAAUUGAGGCAAACUGUGCUCUUAAAAUAAUUAUCUUUAGAUACUUUGCUUUCCUUUUUAGAAUUAACUUGUUAUUUUUUAUUAUUUAUUUAUUCUAUAUCCUUUUCGAGCACGACUUUUUCAGGUACGCACGUGCGUACCGUGCGUACAGGCAGCUACGCCCCUGCAUGAUUUGUACGUGAUAUUUGGCAUAAAUACUACUCGUGAUAUUUCAAAAUUGUCUCAAAUUUCACUCGCGUAACGGCUCGUGAAAUUACGUAUAACAAUUUCGAAACAUCAGUCGUGGUAUUUAUGCCAAAUAUCACUAGAAAUCAUGCUAUUACCUACACAAAUUUUCGUUUUGUAUAUAUACAGAGUGACUUAACGGCUAUUUUUUUUGUCUGUAGACGAAAAUUAUCGCAAAUUUAGCCGUUGUCUAAACAGCGGCCUGUUUGCAGGCUACAUACGUAGCGUUUCCGUUACGGAGCCAUGAUAGAUCGUGGUUUUGAAUACAAAUUAGUUUAAACAGUUUAGAGGUAUAGUCCGAACUGGUAAGAGAAGAGGAGGAGGAGGAUUUGUUCCUGGGACAGAAAAAGACCUAAAUGAAAACACUCAGAAGGGGACUGAAACAAAGGAAACAUCAGGUAAGAGAAUCUAACCAAGAGACCAAUUUGUCGAGGCGAAUAAUUGUACCCAGGAUCAUUGAACUCCACUGAUGAGCCUUUAGGUUUCAUUUGAUGUGAUAAAAGAGAGGAAAUUUAAACUGAGGGAUUGGAUGCCAAUGACCCCAUUUGGCAGCUCUCCUUAUCGUUCAAGGGGGGUAAAAAAAUAAAGAGAUGAUCAGUAUUUGGACUGUUCUCAGAGUUAGAAGUAAUAUGUAUGACCAAAUAAAAAAUGAACAAAAACACCAAUCAAUUAAGAAUUUUACUUUGUAUUUGUAAUUUAAAGAAAUAUAUUAAAAUAAGGCAAGCCCAUGAGUGUAACCAAGAGAACAACAAGAGAGGAGACUGAGCACCCUAUACGGAAGCAAAAAAAAUAAAACAUUCAAGCAACACACGAGGUACAUUAUUAUCUUAAGAUCACAUACCUUGGGUCCAAAAUUAAGAUAAAUUAAUUGUAUUGAAAGGAAUUCCCCCUAGAAUGAGGCAGCCAUAGAAGAUUCAGUCUGUUGAUCCUCUCUAGAUAUUACACUAAGCGUGAGACCAAAGAAAAUUGUCUAUUUUUAGAGUGAGACAAAAAGCCGAAAAUGGCGUACUUCCAUCUUUAUUUCUUUAAGGACAAUUGAGGGAGUUGAGACAGCAGUUGGAAAAUGUCCAAGAGCAACUAAGACAGAGAGACGGACAACUGAGGGAAGCGACACAACAGUUGACAAAUGUUCCAGGGCAACUGGGAGAGUUGACGCAAAAGUUGACAAAUGCUCAAAGACAGCUACAAGAAAAAGAUGAUGAAAAUACCACCAUAAAGGAACAACUGAGAACAAAACAACAAGAAGUGAAUGAAUUGGGAAAAUCUCUUGCAACAGCUCAACAAGCGUUAAGUGAACGUCCACACCAACAGUCACCUGACUGGGUCAUUUCACGUGAUCAAAUUCAGCUGACAGAGAAAUGCAUUGGUAAAGGAGGCUGGGGAAAAGUUGUCGAAGGCAAGUAUUGUGGCUGUACUGUUGCCGUGAAACGGCCUUACGAGGCGCUUCUGAAACUUUCUCCUCAUAACAGAGAAAAGUUUGAGCGGGAAAUGAGCAUUGCUUCAAAAUGCCGCCAUCCUUGUUUGCUGCAAUUCAUCGGAGCAACGAACGAUGAAGGAAGAAGUCCUUUGUUCGUGACAGAGCUCAUGGAAACGAGUUUGCGAAAACUGCUGGAGCAGCGACCUCUUUCUACAACUGAAGUGGCUGUUAUCUCUCUGGAUGUGGCUCGAGCAUUAAAUUACCUGCACCAAAGGAAACCACGCCCCAUUAUCCACCGCGAUAUCAGCAGCGCCAAUGUGUUGCUAUGGCGACAAGCUGACCAAUGGCGAGGCAAAGUGUCGGAUUAUGGUGCUGCCAAUUUUAUGCAGCCUAUCAUGUCAGCUUGUCCAGGUGCUGCAAUAUACAGUGCUCGUGAAGCGUUUAGUGUAUACCAAACUGUGAAGGUGUGU